AUGAGGGGCUGCAGUUCUGGUUCUUCUGAAAGUCCUAGAAGAAGGAAUUCCUUGUUUUCUGAGAAGUUCCUGGAUUUCAUGUGGCAGAGAGAACUACAAGGUGAAAAAAAUAUAGAAUUUUUUGAUCCAGAUGCAGCAUGUAGUGACUGGAGCUGGGAGGAACAUGCUUGCUUCUGGUUUAUUUUUAUUCUCAAAUCUGGCUCGGGGGGAAAUGCUGGGCUUCUUCCUGCUGGCUUUUUUGGGGAAAGUUCUACAUUCUCCAUCAGACACCAUUCAAUGAGAAUUUCAGACUUCUACAUGGAAACUUCCAGCUCUGAAUUACCAUCCAGAUUUCACCACAAUAAUAUGAAACAAGAAAAUGCUUCAAAAUUUUCAGAAUUUAUUCUUAUGGGAUUUUCAGAGGAACCAGAAAUGCAGCCCCUCAUCUUCAUGCUUUUUCUCUCCAUGUACCUGAUUGCUGUUUUGGGGAACAUUGUCAUCAUCCUGGCUACCACCGUCCCAAAGUUGCUGGUGAACAUUCAGAUCCACAGCAAAAUCAUCACCUAUGAAGGCUGCAUCACACAGCUGUACUUUUUCAUCGUCUUUGUGUCCAUGGAUAUCUUACUCCUGACGGUGAUGGCCUAUGACCGCUAUGUGGCCAUCUGCCACCCCCUGCACUACACGGUCAUCAUGAACCCUCAAUUCUGUCGCCUACUGGUUCUUGCAUCUUGGAUCUCCAGCCCCGUGAUAGCGUUGUUACACAGCUUACUGGUGCUGCGAUUGUCGUUCUGCACAAACCUGGAAAUCCCCAACUUCUUCUGCGAACUCAAACAGAUAGUUCAACUUGCCUGUUCUGACACCUUACUCAAUAACGUGGGGAUGUACAUGGCAGCUGUUAUACUGGGGGGCGGUUCCCUGAUUUGCAUCCUUUAUUCUUACUCUAAGAUCGUUUCCUCCAUCCGUGGAAUCUCCUCAGCUCAGGGCAAGUAUAAAGCCUUUUCCACCUGCGCGUCUCACCUCUCCGUGGUCUCCUUGUUUUAUCUUACCGUCCUGGUGGAGUAUCUUAGCUCUGCGGUGGCAGACAGCUCGCAGUUAAGCUCUGUAGGUUCAGUUAUUUACACUGUGGUCACACCCAUGCUGAACCCUUUCAUCUAUAGUCUGCGGAAUAAUGAGAUAAAGAGGGGUCUGAGAGCAUUUUUUGUGAAUGGGAAGAGGAAAAGACAGCUGUCUUAG